GCCGCCAUGGCUGAUGAGUCCAAAUUUAUUGAGUUCAUUGAUGAAGCUUUAGAAAAAUCCAAAGAAACUGCACUCUCUCACUUAUUUUUCACCUAUGAGGGGAUUCCUUACCCAGUCACCAUGUGCACCUCCGAAACCUUCCAAGCCCUGGACGCCUUUGAAGCCAGACACGAUGACAUUGUGCUCGCAUCUUAUCCAAAGUGUGGUUCAAAUUGGAUUCUCCACAUCGUCUGUGAAUUAAUAUUUGCUGUUUCUAAAAAAAAGUAUGAAUAUCCGGAAUUCCCAGUUCUUGAAUGUGGGGACUCAGGAAAAUAUCAGAGAAUGAAACAGUUUCCAUCGCCAAGGAUUUUGGCAACUCAUCUCCAUUAUGACAAGUUACCUGAGUCCAUCUUCAAGAAUAAAGCCAAGAUAUUGGUGAUAUUUCGAAACCCUAAAGAUACGGCAGUGUCUUUUUUCCAUUUCCACAACAAUGUCCCUGAUAUUCCAAGCUACAGCUCUUGGGAUGAAUUCUUCAGACAGUUCAUGAAAGGACAAGUUUCUUGGGGAAGCUAUUUUGAUUUUGCAAUUAAUUGGAACAAACAUCUUGAUGAUGAAAAUGUUAAGUUCAUAUUAUAUGAAGACCUGAAAGAGAAUCUCGCUGAUGAAAUAAAACAAAUUGCUGAGUUCUUGGCAUUCUCUGUAACUGAGGAACAGAUUCACACUAUCUCGGCCAAGAGCACCUUCCCAGCAAUGCGGGCGGCAUCGCAGGAAACCCACGGCGCGCUCGGCCCGUUCCUGUUCCGCAAAGGUGAAGUUGGUGACUGGAAAAAUUUGUUCAGUGGAGCUCAGAACCAGGAAAUGGAUGAAAAAUUCAAAAAGAGCUUAGCGGUCACAUCCCUAGGAGCAAAGCUGAAGUAUGAAUCAUACUGCCAGGGUUGAUUCUGGUCAAUUCAGGAGGCCUAGAUUUUUUUAUUUUCUUUAACAACAAUAGAAUUUAAAUAAUCAAAUGAUAAUUCAAUCAAAUGAUGAUAGUUAAAUAAUAUUUAAAUCUAAAGAAUACAAAUUUAUUAAUAAUGAUAACAUCUGAAAUUUUUGAACACAAAUAUGUCUGUUCACUUUUUGAGGAAAGGGCAUUUUAGCUGCCCCAAAAGGGACACUAUUGUUAAUGUAUCAUACUGUGAUUUUAACUUCUUUCAUGCUCUGGGCUCACAUAAGAGCAUAAGGAGUUAUUAAUACUAUCAGAAACAUACCUCGAUCUGUGUUUGAGUGUAGAUGAGACAGGCCUCCAAAUGAUACACUCUUUUUCUCUGCACUUUCCUUAUAAUAACUUUUUUCUCACUUGUGUAUCAAAGCACUUGUGGUGGCUAUGUCAAACUUACUGUUGGGGGGGA